AUUGGGAAAUGAAACCCCUAAUUUGAACGAAUGGAAAAAUCGUUGCAAUAAUCUGCAUCUGUAUGAUCAUAGAGGAAAUUUGUGUUGUAAGAAAUAAGAAUGGGGAAAAACCAAGCCUACAAAGCUAUGCAGCGAGCCAGGCUGGGUGGUGCCUCCGCUGGCCCCGACGAAAUUGAAGAUGGCAUGUCGCAGGUGGAUGGUUCAUUUCAUUCUCCAGAAUGGCAUGCUGCUCGUUUGGCUAGCCUUAACACCUCUCACACUAUUACCUGGGAAGAGUUCAAACAGAAGCAAAAGGAAGAAGAAAUGAGAAAGGGGGAGUUGGAAGCGGAUGCAGAUAGGAUGAUGAGAGAGUACAGAGCUCAACUAGAUGCUGAAAGGGCUCGUAAACUCUCCCAAGGAAGAAAUCACUCGAGUAGUAAGUCUAAACAUGCAAAAGAUAAGAGGGACAAAAUUUCAAAGAAGCACAGCAGCAAAAAGAGAAAGCAUUCAAGAAGAUCUUCUGCAUCCAGCUCCUAUUCGUCAUCCUCUUAUUCCUCCAGUUGUGACGAGGAAGAAAGAACGUCAAGAAGAUCUAAGUCCAGGUCUAAGAGAUCAAAGAAGGAAAAGAAGCUCAAGUCAAGAAGCAAGGAUUCUGGAACCGAUGGUGAAGAUGAUGGUCCGGUUCGUCUGUCAAGAUUCUUUGGGAGCAUCAAGAGUUAAAAGUGCUUGAAUACUUGGUCGUGUAUCAUAAAAUUGUUUUCUGCAAAUAGUAAAUUGUGGUCAGCAUUACUUUCAUGAUCAACGUAAUUUUUAUUUACAGAUUUGUAAUUUUGUAUGUCAUAUUGUGUUCUCUUGCAAAAAUAUUAUUUCGUCUUGGAUUAAUGUGUGGGAGAUGGA